AUGGAGAGCUGCCGGGCGCUGGCGCUCUGCGCCGUGGCGGCCGCGCUGCUGCUGGGCGCCCGCGGGCAGGGGCAGCCCCCGCUGCGCCGCGCCCGCGACCUGGGGCCGCCCGGCGGAGGAGGAGGAGAAGGAGGCGGCGGAGCGUCCCGCGAGAAGGAGCUGAUCGAGGCGCUGCAGGAGGUGCUGGAGAAGCUGAAGAGCAAGCGGGUGCCGCACUACGAGAAGAAGUUCGGGCAGGUGCCGAUGUGCGACGCCGGGGAGCAGUGCGCCGUGAGAAAGGGGGCCCGCAUCGGGAAGCUCUGCGACUGCCCCCGGGGGACCUGGUGCAACUCCUUCCUCCUCAAGUGCCUGUGAGCGGAGCGGCCCCGGGCUCGCCGCCGGGCGCGCAGGCACCGUCGCCUCCCGGCCCGGCUCCUCCUCGGCCCGGGGCGGGGGGCCGUGUAACGCCGUCCGUGACAUCCGACAUCCGUGGAGCUGUUCUCUUCCCUGACCAACAGCC